AUGACGAGGAAGAUUGUGGGAGUCGUAUGUUUAAUAUUGGCUCUACUGAAUGCCUGGACUCAUGGGAAGUCGUUUAGCAUUGGGAUGUCGAAGAAAGUUAGUAAGUUUUAAAUAUCAAAACUAAAGUUUAUACAUGGCCACAGGUCAAAUUGCCAAACGACUAUUAUAAAUCCCAUUUUCAGCCAACAAAACUAGCGUUUUAUACGAUGUUUAUGGGCAACAACUCAACAACAAGAAUGACUUGGAAUACUUUGGGAAAAUCACUAUCGGUGGUCAGGAAUUUAAAGUCGUAUUUGACACUGGCUCGGACAUUCUUUGGGUACCGAAAGACGGGUGCUUUUCGAAUGGUCCAUAUUGCACCAGAUGCCCAUAUACUGGCACAUACAACCCGCAGAAUUCUCCCGAUUCCGAGAAUACAGGAGAGUCAUUUAGGAUCGAAUAUGCGACUGGCUCAGCGACUGGAGUUUACUAUAAGGAUGUUUUUACUGUAGGUUUUUCGGGGCUACGAAUUUUCGGGUCGAUGAUAUUUUGGGCCGCAUCGAUACGUCGGUCUAUGUAUAUGUAUAGGGAAGGCUAGAAGAGGGCUUAGUUAAUACAUAUUAUAGAAAUUUUAGGAUUGAUCAGGCCAUGGGAGAGAAUUUCUUUUUUUCACCUACUUUGAAGUACAUAUUUUACGUAUAUUAAAACAAUAAUAUCCAUUGAAACUUACGGGUCUUUGUUUUCUGAAGCAAAUUUUGAUUUUUUCUAUGUUGCAAAAGCUCGAGGUCAAGAAAACUAAACCUAUGUAGCAAUAGCUAAAAUUACAAAAAGUGGUCAAGUCUCCGCAGAGAGUCUCACGGCUUUUCCAGGCCUUGUAAUCAUCUCCUACAACCUUCUUUUUGGUCCCCCCCCUGUGUUAUACGCCUCGUGUCGGCCGAUUUUGUGUUGAACCGAAAUGCUUUUUUAUCUUUGGGCGAUGUUUUGUCAUCAUUUUUGCACAAAGCCAAAAAAAUUAAAUGCGUCACAUUCGAGUUUUAAUGCCAACUGCUCCCUUACAGUUCGGUGGAAAGGACCAAGAAAAGCUCAAAUUCAAAGAAAAGGUCAAAUUUGGCGCCGGCGAAGAGAUGCAUUUCACCGACGACGGGAUUCUUGGUCUAGCCUUCCCGAGGGAUCGAGGAGCCACCAAUAUUUUCGAGCAAGCCAUAAAAGAGGGCAUCAUGGACGAGCCAAUCUUCACCGUCUACAUGAAGAAGUGCAAUGGCGAUUGCGAAGACGGAGGGCUAAUCACUUUCGGCGACCAUGACAAAAACCAUUGCUGCAAUGUGAAAGUGUGGGCCGACAUUGUGCCGAAUCAAAUCCAUUGGAAGUUCAAAAUGGAUAGAAUUAGAAGUAAGGGCAAUUUUUUUAUGGGCAUGUGAUACUUUUUGAUACCAAAAUUGGGCUUUUUUGACCAAACGGGAUGGGGUCAAAAGUAAAGGGUUAAUUUUUAUGGGUCUGUGAUACUUUUUGAUACCAAAUUUAGGCUUUUUUCAAUUGAUGGUGUCUAUGGCAGUUGCUGCAGUAUUUUCAGUCACAGACAAAAUUUUCAACGACUUGUUUGCAAAGGCGCACGUGCUUUGAGGAGAGUUGCCAAGAUGAAAAGCUUUUUUCGCCUAUAACUUCCCUGCUUCUUGAUGGAAAAGUUCGAUUUUUCGGAAAAAAAAUAUUCACCAUACAAGUAAUUGAGCCUGAAAUUUCUAAAUCGUAAACCGCAGGCUAAUGUCAGCUUAGAGAUCUUACCAAAAAGCGCCUUUCUCUUCGACUACCCUUACAUGCUUUCGUUGGCAAAGACUGUUGAAUAUCUCGGCUGCCUCUGCGAAGCACGAGUUAAAACUUUCGGAAAUUGAUAAACACCCUUGGCACGACUUACGUUCAAAAUUUUGAAAAAAAUCUGUUUGUUGCCGUCUAAAAACUCCCACUUUUUUUACUAUAUACAAUCCUUCUUCCAGUUGACGAUAAAGAACUCACCCCAGCCUACGGCGUAACCGACACUGGAACCUCAUCAAUUUUCGCUCCGCGGGAUGACUUUGUAAAGAUUUUGAAGAAGGUCAAAGUCACGAAAAGCGGAACAGGCUAUCUGGUCAAGUGCAACGCCAAGUUCACGCUUCAUAUCACCGUGAACGGGAAGGUUCUGCACAUCCCGGCGAAUCAGAUGCUGCGAAAUGUGGGUGACAAAAACAUGUGCCAAUUUAUGUUGGCCAGCGCGGAUUUCGAUUUUUGGUUGCUGGGUGAUCCGUUCAUCCGGCAGUACUGUCAAGUUCAUGACUUCGAGAAGAGAAGAGUCGGCUUUGCACCAGUCAGAGAGCUGGCUGGACUGGAAUAA